GAGCGGGGCUUGCCGGGUGCGCAGGGCCAGCAUUGGGUGCCGGGGCUCACGUGGUGAGCAGCAGCUGCCAUGGCCCUGCCGAGGCGCUCCCCGGGUGCCCCUGCCCCUGCAGCCGCAGCAAAGGGCAUCUCUCACGGGUUUUCUGUCUUGAAGCGGCCCCCGGUGCUUAUGCAGGGGGCUUUGGUGCUCCAACUGUGUCUCCAGCUUGAAUUUCCACUGCCAAAAGCUGCCGUGUUUUCUGCUGCCGCUGCUACCCACAGCGAGCAGGACCUGUGCCCGAGAGGAGGAGGGGAUCUCUGCAAAGUGAGGCUGGGUGGUGAAGAGCAGCAUGGAUCUGGAUGUACUGAACAUGUUUGUCAUUGCCGGUGGCACCCUGGCCAUCCCCAUCCUGGCCUUUGUGGCAUCCUUCCUCCUCUGGCCCUCAGCACUCAUCCGCAUCUACUACUGGUACUGGCGCCGAGCCUUGGGUAUGCAGGUCAGAUACGCGAACUACGAUGACUAUCAGUUCUGUUAUUCCUAUCGAGGGAGGCCUGGGUACCGCCCGUCCGUCCUGAUGUUACACGGGUUCUCAGCCCACAAAGACAUGUGGCUGGCUAUAGUCAAGUUCCUGCCAAAGAACCUGCACUUGGUGUGUGUUGACAUGCCUGGGCAUGAGGGUACAACCCGCUCAGCCUUGGAUGAUUACUCCAUUAAUGGGCAGGCUAAGAGGAUACAUCAGUUUGUGGAGUGCAUCAAGCUGAACAGAAGGCCCUUUCAUCUGGUUGGCACUUCCAUGGGGGGAAAUGUUGCUGGCGUCUAUGCUGCUCAGUACCCAGAAGACAUUUGUAGCCUGACCCUUAUCUGUCCUGCAGGCCUGCCGAGUACCACUGACAGCAAGUUUAUUAAGCAGCUCCGGGAGCUGCAAGAGUCUGAAGGCAUUGACAAGAUCCCCUUAAUUCCCUCCACGCCUGAAGAGAUGGCAGAUAUGCUGAAGCUUUGCUCCUAUGUUCGCUUCAAGGUGCCACAGCAGAUCCUCCAGGGUCUGGUCGAUGUUCGCAUCCCACACAAUGAUUUUUACCGGAAAUUGUUUUUAGAAAUUGUGGAUGAAAAGUCCAGGCACUCUCUGCAUGAGAACAUGAGCAAGAUCAAAGCACCGACACAGGUCAUCUGGGGAAAGCAGGACCAGGUCCUGGAUGUCUCUGGUGCCAGUGUUUUAGCAAGCGCUAUCCCAGACUGCCACGUGUACAUCCUGGAGAACUGUGGGCACUCCGUGGUGGUGGAGCGGCCUCGCAAGACAGCCAAUCUCAUCCUAGAGUUCUUUGCACUGCUUCACAGCAUGGACAACAACAAGAAGCAGGCGUGAGUGUAGCGAGGAGCUGAGCACCCACGCCAAGUCUUUUCAAUUGUAAAGUACUGCAGCUUUGAUACGUUCUCAGGGAUCUUGUAUGAAUCGGGGUGAAUGUGCCAAAGUCCCUGAGGAAGGCAGAAUCACUGAUACCUAAACCUAUAGCACCACUGGCACAGCGACCUAGGGGUCAUUGAGCAACCUCCAUAGAUAGAGGAAUGGAAGCAGAAUCUCUCCCUUUUCUACUUAGAGAUAAAGUGCAAACGAGCUGAAAUCACCCAGCGCUAGCCAUGCCGUGCCCUGAAGCUCCUUAUGCAGCCGCCCAUCGUACCCGAGUUACCGGCAUGUAAUUGUUAAUGACAUUUACCUAAGCUAUAUAAGAGGUGUAGGAAGGAGGAAGAAUCCUGGACUGACUUAGAAUAUUUCUACUACUUAGAGUCCACCGCGUUGCAUGCUGCCGUGCUGUAAGAGACCCCCAGUGCUCCAGGUGUCUGCUCCAGUGCUCUUUGUGUAGCUCCUUAACUCGUGAUGUAUGCAGAAAACUGCGGAAAUCUUCAUGCGUGGAAGUCAAUGACUGUGCGUGCAAAAAUGUUUACACUUUGAGUGGGUUGUUUUAAUCCCCAAACAGCUCCUGUGUAUGUGUAUUGCCUUAAUGUUGCCCAGGGCAGGCAGGGCAUGUGUGGCACAGCCCGCCUUGCCUGGGGGAUGGCUCCCCCUGAGGUUGAACGUAGCAAGUGAGAACUGCGGGUGCAGACAGCAGCGUCGACAUUGUUCUGUCAUCCAGAGGGAAGGAAACUGCCCAGAGAGAUCCAGAGGGACGGAAACUGCCCGGAGAGAUUCGGUUCCUGAGCCCAAGUCAGCAAUAAGCCUGUGGGCAGGGUCGGAGUCAGCAAACUCGGGUGAACUCUUCUACCACGUACACUGCUGAACACACUGAUGGAGAUGAUACUGAAUUCUGUGAAUUCUGCAAACGCCGACACCACUGAAACCAGGCAUGAAGUGGGGAGCAGGCUGUGUAUGUUACCAGGGCGGGGGGCCAGGGCUCCUGGGCUGGCUGGGCAGUCAGGAAGGGGACAGCUCACCCGCAAGGUGCUGGGCGGUGGCAUGGAAAGGUACAGUGUGCUUGUGUGUGCUCUCAAUGGUUGUAACUCCCGACCAAAUGAAAUUAUCGCUGGAAACAGGCAAUGCAGAUGAGCUACGCUUUGCAGCCUGCAGGGCGAUGGAUGGGGAUGGGUCCUGCACCUCCCCAGAUGCAGGCCCCUGCCACAGGUCCCAGGGGCAGAGAGCUGGUCCUGUCUCUACAGGACCGUGGCUGCUGGAGGGCAAGGUGAUAUGUAGUCCCCUCGGAGGCAGAGCAGCAGGCAGCUGUCACCCCUUGGUCACCCCCAGCUCUCCUCAGGGGCUCACGCCAGGUGCUGCUAGGGCCCACCCGCAGACUGGGUGUGCACGCUCGCGGUGCUGCCAACUGUCUUCUCGCCAUCUCUUUGAGGAACCCCAAUCUGUACAGCUAUCUGAAACUUCCCAUCAGCUUCUCUGCUCUUUUUAAGAGAAGAAACAUUGUUCUUUUAGAAAAUUAGAACUUCGCUGUUAAUUGCUCUGUUAUUGUUUCUACUACAGGAGUUGAUUUAAGAAGGAAAAAAAAGAGGUGAUAGUUUUAUGUGGUCAAAGCCAGAAUUUCUUGUUGGGUAUCUGUAUGGUUCCUCAUAUGCCACUGAUUGCUGUACACAACGGAUUUAUAUGGCUAUUAAAAGAUAGUGAUUUAAGGA